AUGAAUCUCUUCAAGUUAAGUAGCUGGAAAAAUAGCUAUUUUAUGUAUCACACAAAAAGAAAUCAUUUAAACUAUAAAUUAUACCUGAAAUUUAAACAGUGGGAUUAUUUGAAAAAAGAAAUAAUAAAUUACUUCAACUCGAAUAGUAAGAUAAACACAGUUGUUGACUUAAAAGCGAGGCGUUGGGAAAAAUUUAAGAAAAAAGAAUUGAUUCAAGUACAUGGUUACGUACCUGCUAUUAUUUGGAAAUAUGGUAUUGAAAAAAGAAUUUGUAUUGAUCAUAAAUUAAUUGAUGAAUACGCUUUUGAGGAGGACGAUGGACACUUAUCUUUGUUAUUUUCUGCAAGAUUGUUUAGAAUACAUAUCGAAGGGGAUGUUAUUGAAUGUGUUGUGUCUCACGUUGAGGCAGAUCCUCGUCUGAUUGGAUGUCCAGCAUAUAUUAAUGGUUAUCAUGUUCAGUUAGCACUAAAUUACAUAAAAUGUAAAGUAAUGGGAAAUAACAUUCCACCUCCAUUUCAAAUUGAUGUUUCGAAGUUAACGUAUAAGGAACCUUACAAUUCGAUCAAACUGAAGGACUUAAUGCAUUUAUUACCAGAAAAUGGGGACGUUAUUUUUUCUGAGGAUUACGACUUAAAUGAAACAGAAGUCGUGUGGACAUAUGAACCUGGAAAGAUUCCCGAAACACCCUUACCAGAUGAUUACAUUGAUCCAAAUUUUGUGAACAGAAAAGGGAAAAGGAUUCAACUAACAUACAAAGACUACUGGCCAAAGCAAUAA